CCCCCCCUCUCUCUCUCUCUCACCGUCUUGUGCUUUUUGAUUUGGCUGGGACCCAUACGCUCUGCAAAUCCAGGUGUAUGCCCGGCUGUGAACUUUCUCUACUAUUAAAUCUUCACGAAGCAGCAAAAGCCUUCAGUUCAAAUUCCAAAUCUCUCACUCCGAUUUUUUCUGCCGCUGCUUCUUUCCCUUCUCUCUCCCCGCGAGAAUGGCCGAGAAUUUGGAUGACGGUGAGUUCUGGCUGCCUCCUCAGUUCCUUGACGACGACGGUAUCCUCGAGGACACCGAUGGCACUCUCGAGAUCAGCUCCAGUGGCCUUCUUCAUACUGUUUCUCCGGAGCAUCUCCUGUUCCCUUCCGAGUUUCCUUAUGAUUUUGAAUCCUGUGCCGUUCCUUCGGAUCUCAGUUCUCCUGUUGAGUCCGUGGUUGGUUCCAGUGAAACAGAGAGUGACGAGGAGGAGCACUUGCCGGACUUAACCCGCCGGACGGCUCGCAUCACCCUUGAAGUUGAUUGUUCUUCUUACAAACCCAAGGAAAUAUUCACCUCUGGUUCGCCGCAAUCCACCCUCUGCGCUUUUGGAAGCGGAUGCGGAUGCCGGAAAGGUUCGAGCAACGGUAGCCCUAACACUGCUGGUAAGGUGUCCUCUCGGACGGCGACAUGGGAUCUCCUGCACGCGGCCGCUGGGGAAGUUGAGAAAAUGAAGCUGGGCGAGGAAGCGUAUGGCUUCAAUCAUAAACAGCGCCCGUUAGUUAACUAUCUGUUGAAUCUGCCUGCCAGUAACUGCAAUCCUCCUGACUUUAAGCUGUUAACCCAUCGCCCGCUUUCUCACCAGCAAUUCCAGUUACUUCGGUUUCAGAUGCUGAGGGAGCUAGAGAUGGCGAAGCUCCAGAAUUCCUCUUUUGGUCUCUGCCAACAGAGGCGAAGUAACCUAAUAGCCCCAGUCAGUGGAAGGAAUAGUGAAAUUUCUGGGCCCAGAAGUACUUGCCAUGUGAGUUUUCCGUCACCUGCAUGGCGGCCUCAACAGGCGAAGUUCCAGGCUCAGACUCAGCACUUUGGGUCCGGAAUGAGAGCUGUUUUCCUCGAGAACCCUUCUGGUAAAAAAAGGGAGUGUGCCGGAACAGGGGUUUUCUUGCCUCGUCGUGUUGAUAAUCCAUCUGAACCAAAAAGAAAGCUAGCAUGUUCAACAGUGCUGGUUCCUGAUAGAGUGGCGCAGGCCCUAAACCUAAAGGUUGACAACAUGGUGAGCGGCCAGCCUCAACGUCAAGAACCAUCUCGAUUUAAUGUGGCGCCUAAUAUGGACAGUGAAGCCGCUUUUCCUAAGCUUCAGAGGAGUCAGGGACUUGCCCACCAGAAACGCAGCUUGCGGCUGCAGCCUCCGGUGAACCAUAACCUGCGGCUACCGACAGAGUGGACCUACUGAUUGUCCAAAUGCGUGUUGGAUGCUUGGGAUUUUUGUCUUCGGAGCUACUGUAGGAAUAGGUUAGGAAUUCGAUUCUGGGAAAUGGUAAAGUUAGUUUUUCCGUAGUUUUCGAAAGGAAUAGUAUUUUACAAGUUGAAACAGGUUUUUGUUUGGUGUGAACGAAAAAGGAGAUGAAAGUGAUAUGUGUGAUGUAGGAGGGAUGGGAAAUGAUAGAAUUAUGUAGAAAAUAACGUUUGAGGCAGAAUGAAGAACUGCAAAUACAGCAACAGUAGGAGCAGGGGAAAUAAAUGAGGUUGGCCGAGGUUGCAGGGCAGAAAAUGAAAUAUAAGUGAAGUCUGAUUCCAAUCUUUGUUUGUUCACCCGACAUUGCUGUUUAAUAAUAAUAGAAGGAAUAGUGUCCAUGUCUUCUCUGGCUC